AUGUCUUUCCUUCAUAAUCAUUCUUGCGAGUGCGUUAAGUCAGAAUUGGAUUUGUUUGCACUACCGUCUACACAAACUAGCAUUGAAAAUGGAUUGUGGAUUCAUUAUAAACCAAUUUCAUCUCUUGGUGAUGAUGGACCUAUCGAGUUUCAAGUUCCUGGGACCGGCGAUGACUACAUAGAUUUGUCUCAUACAUUACUCCACAUAAAGGCAAAAGUAUUAAAUCAAGAUUCAACUAACUUGGUAUCUACUACAAUAGUAGCACCUGUAAAUAAUUGGCUGCAUUCACUUUUUAGUCAACUUGAUGUUUAUUUAAACCAAAAACUUGUAUCACCACCUAAUAAUACCUAUGCAUAUCGAGCAUACAUGGAAACCCUUUUAAACUAUGCCCCUGCUGCUAAACAAUCUCAUCUUACUUGUAGCCUUUGGUAUGAGGAUACAGCAGGAAAAAUGGAUUCUACAGAUGGUAAAAACAUAGGAUUUGUUAAAAGACAGGAAUUGAUUAGUGAAAGUAAGGAAAUAGAAAUGAUUGGUCAUCUUCACGGUGACAUUUUUAACCAAGAUAAAUUUUUAAUUAAUGGUGUUGAAAUGAGUGUUAAAUUGGUUCGAUCAAGAGAGAGUUUUAAUUUAAUUGUUGGGUCGAACGACGUAAAGUUUAAAGUUUGCAUUACGGACGCAACUCUUAUUGUGCGACGAGCACGAAUUAAUCCAAGUGUAUUACUCGCACAUCAAAAAGUUUUAGCUUCUACCACUGCUAAAUAUCCUAUUACUCGAGCUGAAGUAAAAGUUUUAACAAUUCCUUCAGGUGUUCAAGGAAAAACUCUUGAUAAUAUAUUUUUAGGACAGGUACCGAAAAGAUGUAUAAUUGGAUUUGUGAACAAUUCUGCAUUUAAUGGUUCCCUUACUAAAAAUCCAUUUAACUUUGAAAACUAUGGUAUUAAUUCUUUCAGCUUAUAUAUUGAUGGUCAACAAAUACCUUCAAAAGCUUUGCAACCAUCUUUUAAUAAUAGCAUAUUUACAUCAGCAUAUCAUACUCUAUUCUCGGGAACUGGUAUUCACUUUCUUAAUGAAGGAAAUGGAAUCUCUUGUGAACAGUAUGGCAAAGGUUACUGUCUAUUAGCAUUUGACUUAACUCCUGAUUUAUCAGCUAACUCAUCAACUCAUUGGAAUCUCAUAAAGCAUGGUAGUGUAAGAAUAGAAGUACGAUUUGAAUCCUCAUUAAUACAAACAAUUAACUGUAUAGUUUAUGCUGAGUUUGAUAAUAUUAUUGAGAUAGAUAAAAACAGAAAUGUUACUGUAGACUAUAGUAGUUAA